UAACAUGGGAGGAAGGAACCUGAGGUCGGAGUGCUGAAUUAAACCCUGAGCGUGUGUUUACGGAAUCCGUGUUUACACACACAGAGACAACCAGGGACCAGCGAGGGCCUUUUGGUGGAUAAUAUCGUGGGAAAGCAGAUCCUUUUCACCACAGUGCCAUGGAGUUUCCAGACCUGGGCGAACACUGUUCAGAGAAAUCCUGCAAGCGCCUGGAUUUCCUGCCGAUGAGAUGUGACGCCUGUGAAGGGAUUUUCUGUAAAGACCACAUAACUUAUGCAAGUCACAAGUGUACUUCAUCGUAUAAAAAGGAUGUCCAGGUCCCAGUGUGUCCACUGUGUAAUACUCCCAUUCCGAUUAAAAGAGGGGAAAUGCCAGACAUUAAAGUUGGAGAGCACAUAGACCGUGACUGCAAGUCCGAUCCUGCACAGAGGAAAAGAAAGAUUUUUACAAAUAAGUGCUCUAAGGGAGGCUGCAAGCAGAAGGAGAUGAUUCAUGUAACAUGUGACCAAUGCCACUUGAACUACUGUCUUAAGCACAGACAUCCACUGGACCAUGAUUGUAAGACUGAUGGCAAACCAGUCUCUAAAUCAGGACAUGCUGCUUUAAUGAGAGCUCAGGGUGCCUCCAGCGGUACUGCUGCAGGCUCAUCCAUUAUAGGGAGCUUGACUGGAGCAGGGCGACCAGCUCGUGCUCAGAAUAGUAGUGCACAAAGGACUCCAGCCCCUUCUGUGGUUUCCCCUGCGGCACAGAAUGUAAUACCUUCAUCAGCAUCCUAUCAGGCUGGACUGACAGAUGAGCAGGCUCUCCAGCGUGCAUUAGAGAUGUCACUGGCUGAAACGGCCCGAAAUACGCCGACUGUGCUCAGUCCUCAGGAGCAGGAGGAUCUGGCCCUGGCUCAGGCCCUUGCUGCUAGUGAGGAAGAAUACCAACGACAGCAGCAGAGACAACAGGGGAGGGAUUCCAAGCAGUCUAACUGUCGUCUGUCUUAAAUUCGGAUCAUGCUGACCUGAUGCAAUCGGCCUCAUUUUCAACAGAGUAUACCAAUAAUCUGAAUGGAUAACUUAUCUACCCAGCACACAAACCUCUGGGUCUGCCAAUGCAAUUAUUUUUCAGACUGAGCUUUAUGUACAUAUUUUAUAUAGUGACAAUGUUAAUCAAUAUUCAUUGUAGAAGUUUCUGAAAAUAAAUUAUUUUAAACA